AUGAACUAUAAGACUACUAGAUGGAAUUCUGAAAUUAGAAAUACAAAUAAACUACCAAAUAUAUGUAUGGUAUCAGAUUUCUUUUAUCCAGGACUAGGUGGUGUUGAAAUGCAUAUUUAUGAGUUAUCACGAUGUCUAAUAAUACGUGGAUUUAAGGUUAUAGUUGUAACACAUAGUAGAAGUAAUCGAUAUGGUAUAAGAUAUAUGGAAAAUGGUUUAAAAGUUUAUUAUUUACCUCAUAUAUGUAUGCAUAAUGAUGUAAUAUUUCCAAGUUUUUUUUCUCUUUUACCAUUAUUUCGUCAAAUUUUAAUUCGAGAAGAAAUUGAUAUUGUUCAUGGCCAUCAGGCAGUAUCAAUGUUAGCUUUAGAAUGUAUAUUUCAUGCAGUAACAAUGGGUUAUAAAGUUGUAUAUACUGAUCACUCUUUAUUUGGAUUAUCAAAUUUUGAUUCAGUUCAUGUAAAUAAUAUACUAAAGAUUUCAUUGUCUUGCGUUGAUGAUAUUAUUUGCGUAUCAUAUACAAAUAAAAAGAAUCUUAUUUAUAGAGCCUCAAUUAAUCCUAAAAAUAUAACUGUAAUACCAAAUGCAAUAGAUAGUAGUCGUUUUACACCAAGUUUAAAUAAUAGAUAUUUUGAAAAAGAUUCUUUAGUUGUUAUAGUAUCAAUAUGUCGUAUGACCUACAGAAAGGGUGUAGAUUUACUUGCAUCUAUUAUACCAAUAAUAUGUAAUUUGGAUCCAAAUAUAAACUUUUUAAUAGGUGGUGAUGGACCAAAAAGAAUUCUUUUAGAUGAAAUGCGUGAUAACUAUAACCUUCAUAAUAGAGUAGAAUUAUUGGGUGAGAUUCCUAGUUCUCAAAUAUGCUCAACUCUUCAAAAAGGUCAUAUAUUUUUAAAUACUUCAUUAACAGAAGCAUUUUGUAUAUCUAUUGUUGAAGCCGCAUCAUGUGGAUUACUUGUGGUAUCAACAAAUGUUGGUGGAAUCCCAGAAGUUCUUCCAAAUGACAUAUUAAAAUUAGCAAAACCUUCAGUAAGUUCUAUGAUAAAUAAGCUAAUUAAUGCAAUAGACAUGAUAAGAAGUGGGGAAGUUGAUCCUGAGAAACUACAUGAUAGAGUAUCCAAGAUGUAUAAUUGGCAUGAUGUAGCUAAUAUGACCGAAUUAGUAUAUUAUGAUACUAUUCAAAGACCUUGUAAUGGAUUAAUUGAAAUACUUUCAAGGAUAGCAAGCUGUGGUCCAGUUAUUGGAAAGGUAUACCUUAUAUUAGUUUCUGCAAAUUACAUAUUUUGGUAUAUUUUAAGUAUAUUAUAUCCUGAAGAUCAAAUUGAGCUUGCCAUGAAUUUUCCAAAAUAA